ACACUAACUGAACCUUGAUGUUCAGAGCAAAGCUUACUCAGAGUGUACCAACAGAGCAGGAUAUCUCAUUAUGGCUACUAAAAGGUCAGUUAAAACCUUAAUUUUGAUUGGGGUUGGAGUUCUAGUUGCUGCAAGUAUCCUGGUUGGCGUUGGAAUUUGGUGCCUCGCCUUUGUGGAUGUGCCUGUGUCAAAGAAACUCGACUGGGAGUACAUGCUGGUGAACAAAUGUACCGACACCGAGAUAGGCAUGCCCUGUAUCAACUUCACCACCUCAAGUACACCCGACCGCAUGGGUCUGUUCAAGUGUGACUGCGAUUUCCCUUUGGAGCUGAAACAUGACCUCCAGGGCGAAGUCACUCUGUAUUAUGAACUGCCCGAGUUCGACCAGACCAACACGACUUAUGCGUCCUCAAAGGAUGAUCAACAGUUGAUGGGGAAACCGGGCGACCGUCCCGCGGAGUCGUGCGGGAAUUUCAGUUACAGCAAUAACACGCCCAUUUUCCCCUGUGGCGAACUAGCGGACUCUAUAUUUAACGACACUUUUACUAUUAAGAAAGUAGUUUCUAAAGAACAGAAGGUGACCCUAGAAGUAGAAUAUACGAAUUUAGUGACCGGAUACACGUUGAAAUACAAAAACCCUCCUGAAGAAGUACUAAAGAACUUUACAAGACCGAUAAAUUGGGGCGGGGAUCCCGAAACACGGGAAUUGCCGUGGGAGAUUGGUACGAGCCUAAAAGGCGUUGAGAACCCUGCAUUCCAAGCGUGGAUGGACACGAGUCUGAAAAGCAAGCCAGUGUGGCGAGUAAAGAAGCAGGGCGAGUAUGAGAAGGGGUUGCCGGCCGGAAACUACACAAUGUUCAUUGAAAUGCAUUAUGGAGUAAACCGAUACGGCGGGCCGAGGGUCAUGGUACUCGAGGGAAUGUAUACUGAAACGGUCCGGAGGAGCCCGGCCGGUGGCGUUUGUCUCAUCCUGCUAGGCUUACUCGGACUAGUGCUUGGAGCUGGAUACAUGUUAAUGCAACGCAAGAAAAUGGGGGAAGACCGCUGGAAAGCUGCCUACAGACGAUAAGUGCGCUUUGGAAAAAAAUACUCUGAAACUUGUAGGCUUAUUUUUAAUGUGUUAA